AUGCUGUACCUGGUCAUCAUAAUUGCCUUCAUCGCAAAAACCCAAGCUGUUAUUAUUAAACACGAGCACCACAACUAUCAAGCGAUGACAAAUGUCCUUAAAGCAAUCCACAAACAAUGGCCACACAUUACAAACUUGUACACGAUUGGCAAGUCCAUUGAGAAUCGUGAACUAUGGGUGCUGGAAAUUUCCGAUAAUCCAGGACGGCACGAGAAGGGAGAGCCAGAAUUUAAAUACGUUGGAAACAUGCAUGGAAACGAGGUCGUCAGCCGAGAGAUUCUACUCCACCUUGCCUAUUACCUUUGCAGCCAAUACGACUCAAAUUAUGAAGUCGGAAAUUUAGUCGAUUCCACACGCAUACAUAUCCUACCAAGCAUGAAUCCAGAUGGGCGGGAAGGCUCGAAAGUUGAUUGCAACGGUAUUGUUGGUCGGAGCAAUAAAAAUGGGUGCGAUCUCAAUAGAAAUUUUCCUGAUCUAUUAAACCCUAGAAUUAGCGGGAAAUGUACAAAACCAGAAAAAGAAACCAAGGCUGUAAUGAAAUGGAUCUCUUCAAUACCAUUCGUUCUCUCGGCUGGUCUGCAUAGUGGCACUACGGUUGUUAAUUAUCCUUACGAUAGCAUUAAGGGAAAGCCGACCAUAAACAAAUACAGCAAGUCACCGGACGAUGACGUGUUCCGACAAGUGUCUAAAGCGUACGCAUAUGCUCAUCCGACAAUGCAUAAAGGGAGACCAAAUUGCACAAGCUGGCCAGCUAAUUAUUUCAAAGAUGGUAUAACCAACGGUGCGCAAUGGUAUGCAAUACAAGGUGGUAUGCAAGAUUACAAUUAUUUUACAAGGUAUAUAUAGGAAACAUUUUUUCCCAUACUGAGGAAGAGGAGGGGGGGGGGUAUUCCCUUUUCAUUUCGUAAAAUGUCGCUUAACUUUGAAUGAGUUUUUAGUUUUUUCCCUUUCUUUUAUUAAAGCAAUUGCUUUGACGUCACGGUGGAAUUAAGUUGCUGCAAAUUUCCAAUGGCGAGCAAACUUCAAAAGGAAUGGAAGGAUCAGAAGCCAGCAUUGAUAGCGUACAUGAAACAGGUCCACAAGGGGAUCAAAGGUGUUAUUACGGAUCGUUGUGGUAGCGGUAUUGCUGGUGCUGAAAUCAGAGUUAACAAAAGGGAGAAAUCCAUUUUCAGUGGUAAGAGUUUUGGCCGUACCGCACACAGCAACACCACACCCAAUCUAAGAGAGUGUUUCAGGGAUUUACAAACUCGAAGGGAGUGUGCUGAUGCCCCAAGGAGUCUUUCUGUAAAAAUCUGUAAAUGAUUGAUGAAAACUUAACGCGGGAAGAGCACGUAAAUUAUGUAUCCAAAAAGGUAUCCAAAGGCCUAGGAAUGUUAAGACGUAUUCGUGAUCUGUAACAGUAACACGCUAGUUGACAUAUAUAUACUCGUCUAUCAUUCUCCCCCAUUUUGAUUAUUGUAGUUUUGUGUGGGAUGAUUGCAGAAAAGGUUUACGGAAUCAGCUACAAAAAUUACAAAAUCGAACAGCUUGAAUAAUUACAAGGAACACCUAUGAAAUACGCUCUUCCCAAAUUUUGAAUGACUUAAAUUGGCCAACAUGUACACCAGAAGAUUGACGAAUGAGACAAAAAUCUUGUCUAAUGUUCAAAAUAUUCCACAAAUUAAACCAUUUAAUCCAGCGAAUUUAAUUCACAGUCAUGACUACAAUUUUGUUAUCCCUAAACCAACUGACCAAUUUUUUGAAAAAUAAUGGAACAGUGGUAUGGAAUUCGGUACCAAUUGAAAUUAGGAAUUCCACAUCACUAAAAAUAUUCAAAAACAAACUGUAGAAAUAAUUUAUGUAUUAUACAUAGUUUAAUGUAUCAUUUUCUUGUAAAUAAUUCAAAUGUCACGGCGCCUGGCCAUGGGAAGAUCCAGGGACGUCGCGAAGCCAUCAACAUUCGGGGUGUCGUCAUGUUUUGACCAACAUUUCCUACUGGAUUUUGACAAAGUCGAAAAAAAUUUUCCGGACUAACACUAAGCAUUGUCAAAAAAAAUUUUCCGGAACAACAUAAACAAAUUCAAAAUUUUUCGACAGAAAUGAGCAAAUUUUCCAUUUUUUUCAUCGCAAACGUAACGAAAGCUUUAAAAUUGUUAAAAUUGCGAAUUUUGGGCAACUUCGACCAUCUUUUAUCCCAAACUUUUACCAAAUUUUUCCCAGUUUUAUCUUCAAUUUUAAGCAAAUAUCAGUUCCAUUUUGACCAACUUUGGGCAAAUGUCACUUCCAUUUUGACCAACUUUCACCAACGUUUGAAGGGUACGCUUCCACCCACACACCCCAAUAGCGACGUCCCUGGGAAAAUCAUCUCAUUUUCGAUCACAAGCCUCCGUGCUUAAUAAAUAAAGUAAAAAAAUAUCUUUAGAUAAAAUUCCUAAAAGUCGUGUUUGACAAUAUUUUUGCACUUCUAGCCAAAUUCGGUGAUUACUGGAGAUUGCUGGUUAAAGGUGAAUAUACCAUUCAAAUAUCAGCGAAAGGAUAUAAAAAUGCACGGCGGAAAUCUGUUCAAGUAUCUGAACAGGUCAAAAUUGUCAAUUUUAUACUUUACAAGAGUACAGGUGAGUGAAAUAGGAAACUUGUCAACUUAAUUGUUGUUUGGAACGGACAUGUAUUACAUGUCUAUAGAUAGAAAUUGGUCAUCAGCAUGGCCUCUCUUUCAAACUAAAUUUGCAAGGAAAGAACAUUUAAUUGAAGGUAAAUUAAAAGCCAUUUUCAAAGUUGGCAUAAUUGAACUGAAAAUUAAGAUAUACCCUAUCCAGUCCUAUAGUUUUCAGAUGAGUGCCCUACUUCACACCCGUGUCACUUUAUACUCAAUGGGUAACAACCAGGAUUUCUCAAUUGAGAAAUAUAGGGGCGAUACUCAACAAGGAUGAUCAUCUGAAUCAUCUAAUAGUGCCUUAAUUUGAACCCUAACCAUAAUCUAACCCUGAUCUGAUCCUAAUCUAUAACCCUAACCUUGGUCUAAACCUGACGACAAAUAUUAUAUAGGCAAGACAUUUAAGCGAGUAGUAUGAUUUUCGAAGCUUGACAGUAAAAAUGUGGAAUGGAAAAUGAGGGAAAAGCACACAUACCGCCAGCUGGUGCUUAAUGGGCAGAGAAGCAAAGAAGGAUAUGGAUGUGGAUUGUGAGCUAAGAUCAAUGAAAAUGGGUAAACCGUUCAUAAUCAUAAUUUACAUUUCAGAUAAUACCUAUUCGCCUUGUGGUACAAUAAGUGGUCAUGUGAAUAUAGCCCAACCAGAAUCAGUUGAAGUGAUCUGCGUUGCAAGUGACAACAGAAAGUUUACAAGUAAGUUUUUAUUAUGCAUCUGCAUGUAAUAUCGAUAUUCUUCGAACCGUAUUGAAUUUAUAAAGUGUGCACAUCCGACAUGUCUGAAACAUGAUUGGACUGCAUGCGGGCGCAAGAUAUCAGACUAGCUAAAGAUUAGUGUCGGAGUCAAUCUAUGUUAGCCAUGGGUAUAGUUUGGGGUCUUCUGCAUGGUAUCUCUAUUACCAAAUGCAUUCUGAAAAGUAAAUUCUCGAGUGCAGCAUGGCUGUUUUUUAAACUGACCACUUUGGACAUGGCUUGCAUGCAAAAACUUAAGGUUUAAAACUCAAUUUGAAUUCACAGGGUGCAAAUUUGGAAGGUGUUCUGGGAACCAUUAUACAUGCAGUACCAGACAAUUUGAUGUAUGUUAAGUCCAAUGCGGCAAUGCGCGAGACCUCCAAAACUUUUGCCAUAGGCUUAGCCAUAUAGUGGCCCACGCAUGAUUUCCCAGCAAACGAAUUAACGACUGAUUAUAGUAUGAUUGAUUUAAAAAGUUUAAAAAUAACUCGUGAAAGGCUACUGUGGCAAAAAAGUCCGAGUUGUAUAGAAAUCACGCGUCUGCAUGGUACUUUGAUACUUCAUAAAACACGUUCCGGCCAAAUUUGCACCCGGCUCAAUGAAUUCCAAAUUGCGUUUCAAACCUUCCAUUUUUGCGCAAGCCAGUUUUAUACUGGUUUCGAAAAACAGUCCUGCUGCAUUCGAAACUAAUUUAUCUUUCAGAAUAAUUUGGUGAUAGAGAUACCAGAAGACCGGUCCCAUACUACUCAUAUAGGCUAACAUAAAGUUGUCACAAAUUUUGUGGAAUUUUCAGUUUAGCGGACAUUUAAUUUAAAACUGUAUACACCCUGCAUUUUUCGCACGUAGCUGCUUCUGGUUAUAGGUAUACAUUUAUAAUGUAUAAAUUUACACUCGAUCUACAAAAUUCACGGCCCAGCUUCAACAUUUGUCCAAUAUAUCAGUCAGAGUUUUAGAAAGUUGGGAGGAUUUAAUUUGUAAACAUCGCAUAUCCUCGUUACCUAUUUUAGUAUUUUUGGUAUUACUUAAAUACAAUUUUCGUUCCGGAUUCUAUUGAGUAUUGUAACACCUAAUAUAAUUAUAUAUAUGCUCUAUUUCAGCCUACCCAAACAGUAUUGGUUUCUACAUUUACAGCGUCGUUCCGGGAAACUAUGUUCUCUGGGUAAAAUCUGGCAAUGCAGUUAUUUUUGAAAAACAAAAUGUCGCUGUCCUUCCUGGACAAAGCUACGAUGUAUCAUUCACAUCUGCUAAACGGCUCAAUUAAGGCUUAUACACGCAGCCAUAUAGUAUAGAACACAGAAACUUUCUUAUAUAAAGCUUUUUGUAAUAUUAUAUUUAUAACAUUCUUGUUUGUCAUGCA